AUGUCUUCACCACUCGAUUCCACGCCAGCCAAUAGCGGUAUUUCCCAACAGUUAUGCGACAGUGAAGAAUACGCCCUUGAUAAAGAAAUCUCCCUUGACAAAAUUAACUCUGCCGAGGAGGCAUUGGCGAUAAUCCACGGCAGUGGAUUCUUCAAUCAGUCUGUCUGUCUACUCUACCCCCGUGUUCGGAAAGGAUGGUUCUCCCAAAGGAAAGCUCUCACACUGAAAAUGCCAAAUUAUACUCACGAAGCCCCGCAUGCGUGGUUUGGCCAACAGCUGACCCGUUGGCACAUCAACGGUCAACUUACUCCUGCUGAACAUCUCAACGUUAUGGUAACAUCAAGCCCGCGAGUUACUGCCAUCAACCCUCCAUACACCGGUGAUCAAAAAGAGCCCGAUACCUUCAUCUCUUGUCUCGAGAGUCCCAGUUUACAUGAACCAAGGAUCGUUAUUGAGGUUGGCUUCAAUCAGACAUAUUCAUGUCUCGUUGAAGAUGCGAAACUUUGGUUGGAAGGAGUGGGGGCGAGUGUGUGUAAGGUUCUUCUUGUGAAAUUUUUCCAGCGCAGACAAGGUGUUGCUGGAACAAUCGAACUCUGGGGACGAAAUUUCACAGGCAGUGCAUAUAUAAUCUGGAGCAACCGAAUUUUCCCGGUUCAUGGGCCGUUUGAACGGCCCAUUUAUCUCACCAAAGACGACCUUCUUAACGGCGCAAUUGCCUCAAGCUCCCAGGGCAGUGAUCGGCUUGAAUUUUACAUUGCUUCCCUCCGAGAGAUCAUAACGAAAAUGGGUCUCAAUCCUGUUGGACUCACUCCUUUGCCAUGA